AUGGCCGCAAAGAUGUUAGAGGCGGGUGUUCCCAAUGCGCGAGGUUGCGCUGCUCUAUUGGACAAGAUAGGGCAUGACUGUGGAAACCUCAAGGUACCGCGCGCCAAGGACGGUUGUGGUAUUUUGCUGGGCGCCUAUGUCCAUGGAGGUGCAUUUGGGGUGACUUCAUUGGGCAAAGAACUAAAGUGGACCACCAUGUACUUCAACAAGUUUCUCAGCAAGAAGCUCAAGCAGACAUUCCGAGCACAGGAUGGUGGUGAGUUCACAUGGGCGACGUUGGCGUUGCAACAUGCCUCUGAAGUCCCGAUGCAUAGAGAUGUGCAUAAUCAACGGGGAAGUAAGAACUAUGUCAUUGAGAUCAAGUGUGAUGAGUAUGCUGGACUAUGGGUACAAGAUGAUCAUGACGAUCGGGGGGUUCAAGGUGGAACUCAGGCGGUGGAUCAUCAGUGGCAAGCGGAAGAUGGGACCAUUCACAAUGGUUGUUUGGUGGAUAUCAAGAAGAAACCCGCUGCUUUCAGUCCCAGGUUGACUCAUGGUUACAUCAAGGAUACUGGAGCGAGAUGGUUUUUGUCAGCCUACACCCCUCAUGGUGUCCAUCGGCUGUCUGAGGCCGAUAAGACAUAUCUGGAAGGCUGUGGUUUUCCUCUACCUGAACCACAAGUACGAGCUGAAGAAGCGGUGCUGGAAACCAUACCGGCGCUAAAGGCAACCUCCUUUCCGCAGGAUUAUAAGUUGGAUGGAGUCCGCUUUCCCCCUGACGAUGUGGAGGAUUUGAAUAUUGCUCGUGAUGAUGAUGAAGCUUGUGGGGAUUGGGGUAUCUACGUUGAGGAGGAGGUACAAGGGGCUGGUGAUGGUAACAUGCUUCGGAAGAUUUGUGACUCUGAUGGCCCUGGGAAUGAGGCAGAGUUGUUGUGGAGGACCUCUCAGUCAAUCCUUGGAUUAAACACGGAUGCCACGUACCAGGAGGAUUUGGCAGCAUGUGCUGAGGAAUGGGUUGGGGAAGAUGGAUGUUUGAAUCCGAGGGUUGCAAAGUUGGAGCCCGAGUAUACCCCCAACAUUGAGGAGGUGAUCAAGGAACUCAUCGAUAAUGACACCCCUCUCCGGCACACUCAUAACGUGAGUCCUCAAGAAGUACGGCAAGUGCUACCCAAGUGGAAGGCCUCGAUCGAGAAAGAGCUUGGAGUUGUUGAAAAGGGUUUCAGACGGUCUACUGUCAAGGAGAUUCGCGAGUUGAAGGCCACCCGCAAGGUUCAAGAGCUACCAGCAAAGGUGUAUACUGUGAAACCACCGGCCAAUGACGGCACCAUCACCGGGGAGGCCAAGUAUUGCAAGCGCAAAGCGGACAUCUUCGCCUCCGGUGCGGCGGCCGAAAGCUUGACGUUCUCAGCGUGGUCGCGAUGGUUUACUGGACUUCUGGACAUCGCAGGAGCCUUCAUGUUGACUCCUCUUCCGCAAGGACCUGAUGAAGUUGUCUACGCGGUUCAGCCCCCGGCUGUGUUGGUGAAGUUGGGCUUAGCAUCAGAGGACGAGCGAUGGAUCCUCACCCAUGGAAUGUAUGGGCUUCGUCAAAGCCCUCGGCUUUGGUCUGAGUUUCGUGACCAAACCAUUAAGGAGAUGAGGUUUAUGGCUGAGGAUGCAGAGUGGAUGCUGAAGCAAGGGGAUGCGGAGCCGAACCUAUGGUUUUUGGGGUGUGAGAUCCUCACGACCGAGGCGCCAAGACACCUGGUCACAUUUGAGGCUGAGCCGGAUGAGCCAAAAGGUGAUGAGCAAGAGAUCAAGCUUGCUCAGCGUCUAUGUGGUGAGUUGUUAUGGCUGGCGCAGCGGACGCGUCCAGAUGUGAGUUUCACGGUGAAUGCAAUGGGUGCUUUGAUUAGUCGGGCUGCUCCGCGCUGCAUUGCUAUUGGGGUGCGACUCCUAUCCUACCUGCAGCACACUCAAGAGUAUGCCUUGACCAUAGCACCAACUUCAGAUGGCUUGAUCACCUUUACGGACAGCUCCUAUGCCCCGGAGGGGAAGAGGUCUCACUCCGGGAUCUUGGUGACCUGGAGAGGGGCUCCUUUAUCAUGGAGGGCAACAAGGACCCCCUAUGUAUGCCUGUCAACGGCAGAAAGUGAACUUACCGCUGCAAUAGAGGGUCUAAAGAUGACGAUGUCUUUGGGUGCGGUCUUGGAGGAGCUGGUGGGUGUUGACUUACCGAUCCAGUUAGCGGUCGACAAUCAGUCCGCCAUUGCAAUCGCCAAGCCGACUGGCUCGACUUCGUGGCGUACGAGGCACUUACGAGUACGGUCUGCGUUCAUCCGGGAACAAGUGCAGAACAACAAGGUCCAGAUAAGGUAUGUCAAAGGCCAGCAGCAGCUAGCCGACCUUCUUACCAAAUCAUUCCCACGUCAAAGGCUUGAGGAAUUGGUUGUGAUGUGGGGAAUUGGACGCUUGACCGAGGGAGCAAAGACUACGAUGCUAAGGGCUAUGAUCCUCUGCACGAUGAUCCAGUCAGCUCGCGCCCAGGAACCUUUGGCGCUGGACACUAUGUCUAUCGAGCUCUACGCGUUCAAGGUCAACCAGGAGGAUUCGCAGGCCUCCUUCCCCUAUGUCAACUUCGAAGACACCGGCUAUGUCACCAGCCAGAGCAACGCCCCGGACUACAUCUAA